AUCGGAUCAUUCAAUCCCGUUGAAGGUUAACCUUAAGUUUAAAUUAAUUGUGAAAGAAAUCCACGUUCAACCAUAUGUGGCUUCGCCGAACACACUCGCUUAUAUAAUCUAAAGAAGCUUAAAUUUCAAUUUAGAGCUACCUUAAAUCGCUGGGCAUCCCAGUCUCAGCCACACACCCAGCUCUCACUCAAAGCUGCAUAUCAUUCGCUAUAAUCCAAGCACCUUGCAGCAACGUUCUUGACUCAGACACAUUCACCACCACACAAUCUUUUACUUACUGGGCAACAUGACGGACGCAGCUCGUUGGAAAGCUACGGUUUACGUUGGAGGCUUAGCGUCAGUAGUUACUACCGGAAAUAUCCACGAUGCUUUCAUACCGUUCGGUGAAAUCGCUGAUAUAACUCUACCUAAAAAUGAUGCGCCAAACGCCACCGAUCCACAUAGAGGAUUUGCAUACGUGGAAUAUGAGGACGCCGACGAUGCUAAAGAAGCAAUCGACAACAUGGACCAGUCAGAAUUGUUCGGCAGGGUAUUAAAAGUCUCAGCAGCUAAGCCUCCUAAGAGCGUAGAGGAAGGACUAGGCAGUAAAACGGCAAUAUGGGAACAGGAAGGAUGGUUGGCUGAGCAUGCUGUGAGUGAGGAAGAUAGGGCCGCUGCAUCAGCACCGAGAGGCAGCAUAGAUGACAGACCGGAGGAUCCCAUGCAAGGACUUGAGGGGCUUGAUGUUGCCGGACCCAAGCCGGAAUGAGGGAGGUUUCAUGGAAUCUACUUAAAAUUUGAUAGCAUAGCGUUGGCGUUAAGAAAAGGGCUCAUAGGACGCGGAGGGAGGUGUUUUAAAUAAGGAGUUUGCGACUCAAGUCUAUACCGCGCUCAAUCUCCCAUAUUUGACAUUUCCACUUCUGGUGGCUACGUGUAUCAUAUACAAGUGCUGUGAUUUCUCUAGGAAAAGAUAAUGCGCCCUUCCCAACUAUACACCCCAUGCCAUAUCGCUUUUAUUUAAUGGCCUUCACCAUGCUCACCGUGCUCGGCGGGCUCGUCCUUGCGGUUUUGACGGCUAAGUC